AUGGAUCCCGAAGACAGUUUUUACCAGCAGAAUAGUCUGAUCUCAUUUAGCAGUGGUUCUGACAGCGCACGCGGGGACUCUAACGAUUCCUCUGGGUCUUUUAAUUCUGCAAGAAACACAGUGCUGCAGUCAUUGAAAGACAACCACCGUUUGAGAACCGCUACCAGUUACAAUCCAAAUAUAAAAGACAGUGGCAGUUGCAAUAAAAAUGUGAGAAUCACUUCAAGUCGUAAACGGAUUACUCAGGACAAGGGGAGUAGCAUCGAUAGCUUAAGAUCCCUUGUGACAGACAAUCACCCGAAUAUACACGAGAAAAACAGUACCAAUGAAAACGUGAGAUCCUCAAGUAAGAAAAAUUGUAUACGUCAAAAUGACAGGUCUCAUCCUUCUAGACAUCGAGGAUGUAAAACACUUCCAGAAACUGACUUAGAGAACGAUGUAGACAGUAAAUAUUCCAAUACAAGAUCUGAAAGUAGUCAGCGAUCUAGACUAGGUUCUGAUCUAGGAGUUCUAAUGCAGACACCGGAAGUAGAUCACUCCGUUCAAAACGUAUUGUCAGACGAAGCGCUUCCGGAGCUUCGUGUUGCAGCAUCGAUGACGUUCGACAUAAACGUUGAUUACAUUUCCGGCAGCGACUGUCUGGCUCCACCCCAACCGCAUCUUAUACCGGAAGUACGUCAAACACACACAUCACACAACCGAACGUCUGCGGAUUCCAUGAAUUUAAACAGACGACAGCUCCCACCUCUGCCCUCGCAGACGGGUAGCGAGACUUCCUGUUACAUCUCCUACGACCAACCGGUGGAGCCGGUCAAACGAGUCAGAAGGAGAGAACCCAGACAUUCUCUCCAUGCCAGACGAUCUCUGAUCCUGAUCACAAUGCUCUCCGUCCUUCUAAGUCUAGCGUCAGUUGGGUUUCUAGUUCUGCUGAUUACAAGACAAACCCCUAGCCCCAAUAAUAAACUCUUCAAGGGUCUGUACGAAGCGUGUGUUGAAUGUUUAGAGAGCUUUGAUCAUAUCGAUCUAUUGACAGUUAGAAAAGAGAAAGACAAAUCUUUUUGUUGCGCCACUCUUGAUGAUCAAAUGUAUGCGCUUGUACUUAUGAUUCGAAACAAGAAAAACCAAACAAGCAUCAACUUCAGCAAAGAGACCAUCGAACUGAACGUCACACACACCCGCUACCACCAAGGGGUAAAACGUCAAAAGAGAUCCAGACCAGACAAAGUAUUCACGGUGACUCGAACUGGCUGGUACCGGGUGUCCUUGAACUUGAGGGCAGCCUGUUUACCGUCGCAGAAGAACACAAUUAUAAAAGUUUGGCGAACAUUUCUAAAUCGACACAAAAAAACUUGUAGGGAACAGAUCUCAAGCGUUAGAUGCCCUUUAGUUUGGUUAAAAGACUACUUUUACGAAGUUCUUCAAACGUUAUGGAGUAAGAAGCAGCCAAUAACAGAUAGAUUGGAUGGUACAUUAGCAUCAUACGGCAUGGAAAUCAAUGCUGACAAGACUACGGCCAUAACCAACAUCCCGUAUAGCGACAUCCUCCUCUUUGGAUGUGAGGCAUGGACCGUCAACUUAGAACUCCUGCGAAGAAUCCAUGCCCUGGAUAUGAGAUGUCUACGCAGACACCUAUGGGACAAGUAG